AAAUCGUAUCUCCUAUUUUCACAGAUCGAAGAACAAACAGACAAUGGGGUUUAGCAAGUUUUUGCUAGCCAUAUACUUCAUGGGGUUAACCCUGACACACGUCUCCUUAGCCCAAAAUUCCCACCAAGACUUUGUGGACGCACACAAUGAAGCUCGUGCCCAAGUUGGUGUUGGUCCGAUAUCCUGGAACUACACGGUUGCAGCGUAUGCUCAAGAUUAUGCCAAUAGCAGGAUCGGAGACUGCAACUUGGAGCAUUCACAAGGGCCCUACGGAGAAAAUCUGGCUGAAGGCUAUGAGACCUUAAGCGCCGUAGAUUCAGUGAAGAUGUGGGUGAGCGAGAAGAAAAAUUAUGACUACCACUCCAACUCAUGCAUCGGCGACGAGUGCCGGCACUACACUCAGGUCGUUUGGCGCGAUUCCGUGCAUCUGGGGUGUGCCAGGGUGAAGUGCAACAGCGGGUGGAUCUUUGUCAUCUGCAACUAUGAUCCUUCAGGAAAUUAUGAGGGCGAGCGUCCAUACUAAAUUAAUGCAUGGUUGUACUGAUUAGCUAUGAGUACGAGGCUGUUGCUAGUCCUGAUUGUGUGGUAUAGUAAUCGAAUGUGUAUCUUUGGAUAUGGAUAUGAUGAAAAUGAAGUCAUUAAUUA